CUUUCGCAAAUUCAGCUUUCUUCGUCUCCAAGAAUUAAUCACAAGCAGAAUAAAAACUCUAAAACAGAGCAGCCCAAAUGGACAAGCUCUCGACCACGUCGGCCAUACUUCCCAACACUUUCUAAGGCGUGCAUGAUGACAUUAGCGGGCGGGUGGAAUUCAUUUGGCAGCAAGCCAAACCACUAGUGGUCGUGCAGCUGCUGAAAUUGGUGGUGGGUGUGUGUUUGGUGAUGUCGAUAAUGCAGAAUCAAAAAACCCAAAAAAACCCAAAUCAACAAACCCCUCCGCCAAAACAUCAAAAUCAAAAAAUGCUUACCGAGACAGAGAGAGGGAGACAGAGAAUGGAAUACCUGUGAAUGGUAGGCACUCCGCUCCGACGAAGUCUCUUGAUUGGCCUGAGCUCUUGUGUUUUCACUUUUCACGGGCUGUUUGAUGAGUAAGAUAUUGCCGUUUGGUUUCUCUUGGGCUAACGGCGUAAGUGAGAAAAUACAUAUUAUAUUUUUAUUAUUUAUUAAAUAAGGCAAAGAGCGAAACGGCACAGUUUUACUUGGUAUAUUAUGCAAAACUGUGCCGUUUUGCAUAACAGCUCCUAUGCGGUAGUUUUCACUACCGCAUAGAAGCCGGAUCCUUUGAAAUUUUGUAUGGGCAGGAAAUAGAUGAUCUCCGUUUCACAGCAUCCAAUUCCAUUUGUGUUUAUAUCUGUAUCUAAACCCUAAACCCCGUACACCCCAUGUCCCUCCUCUCUCGCAUCCGCCACUCCCUCACCCACAACCUCCACUGCCGUCACCUCUCCACGGCAUCCUCAAUCCUCUCCCCAGACUGCACCACUCCUCUCACCUCCAAGCAGAAGACCCGAGCCGCGCUCAACCUCCUCAAGUCCGAGCAAAACCCCCACACCAUCCUCGACAUCUGCCGCGCCGCGGCCCUCACACCCUACUACCGCCUCGACCAAAUCGCCUUAAACGUCGCCGUCUCCCAGCUCUCCGGCUCCAAAAACUUUGAGUCAAUCCGGGAGUUACUGGAGUCGGGGCUCCGGACCCGCCCCGAACUCCGAACGGAGCGUUUUGUUGCCCACUCUAUCGUCCUCUACGGCCGGGCUGGUAUGGUCAACCAGGCUAUUGAGGCUUUUAAGCAAAUGGGUGAUCUGGGUAUUCGUCGCUCGGUGAAAUCGCUCAACGCGUUACUGUUUGCUUGCCUGGUGGCGAAGGAUUACAAGGAGCUGAAUCGGGUUUUCGUUGAGUUUCCAAAGGUUUAUGGGCUUGAGCCGGAUUUGGACUCGUAUAACACGGUGAUCAAGGGGUUUUCGGAGUCUGGGUCGACGAGUUCCGGGUAUUCUGUGGUGGCCGAGAUGGAGAGGAACUGGAUGAAGCCGAGCGCGACGACUUUUGGGCAUUUGUUUGCUGGGUUUUACAGGGAAGAGAGGUUUGAGGACAUUGGGAAAGUAAUGAAGUUGAUGAAGAAGCAUGGUGUGGACAUGGGGAUUGGUACGUACAACAUUAGGAUUCAGGGUCUGUGCAAGCUGAAGAAAUCUUCGGAGGCCAAGGCAUUGCUGGAUGGAAUGUUGUUGAGGGGCCUGAGGCCGAAUUCGGUCACGUAUGCACAUUUGAUUCAAGGGUUUUGUAACGAAGGCAAUUUGGAGCAAGCCAAGAAGCUCUUCAAGACCAUGAAGAAGAGGGGUUGCCAACCGGAUUACGAUUGCUAUUCUACUAUGGUUUGCUUCCUAUGCCAAGGUGGGGAUAUUGAGGCCGCAUUGUCGAUUGCUAAGGAGAGUAUGGAGAAGGGUUGGUUACCGAAUUUCGUGACGAUGAAGGGGCUUGUAGAGGGGCUUGUGGGGAUUAAAAAGGUUGAAGAGGCACGCGAGCUUAUUAAGCAGAUCAAGGAGAAAGUUAUCAAGAAUGUUCACAUGUGGGAUGAAAUUGAAGCUGGGUUGCCUCAAUGAAAAGUGUUGCUUGGUGUGGAAGUUGGAUGAAACUGUGGAGAUCAAUUUGAUGAUCGCGGAAUUUGUGUGUGGAAACCUGCUCUCUCCUGUGAUGAGAUUCUUGUUGAUUCUGAUUCAGCAAUGAGUCUUUUGGGAUAGUUGAUCAGAGGCAAGAGUUUGUUAUUGCUAUCUUGCAAGAACCUUUUGCGGCGACUGGGAGCCAAAUAAAUAAAUUCAAAAAAAAAUUAAACGGAUGUGACAAAAUUUUUAAAUUAAAAAAUGUAAUUUCUUCUCUCUUGUACACCACGAUCUGUUACAUAAAUUUUUUAAAAAAAUUUAGUUCAUUUAUUUGGCUCUCGACACUUUCCCUUUGGCAUAGAUCAUGACAUUUCAAGUUUGAUGUCUUGGUGGACGACCAUCAAGAGUUGCUUUUGAGAUUGCUUGUGAACCACUCCCGCGAAAAGUAAAAUCUGGUUGGGUCGUAAUUGGACAUCUAUGAGUUCACUUUUGUCCCCCACUAGAGAGAUUUUUUACCGCAGACAUGUCGGUAAAGGAACUAGAAACCAACCUGUGGUCUCAUCUUGUACUCUUCUCAAACUACUGUUGGUAAUGGACCAUACUUAUUCCGCACGUAUGCAUUCUAUUGUAAAGUUUGGAAGCCUAUCAUUACUCUGAGGCAACCUUUUGAUUGGAUGAGUGCGAUGGGGGUUUUGCUUCUUCCUAGUUUUGCGAUUUUGUAAAUCUGUACAAUUAGCAGGAAGGGUAAUGAGCUUUUGAUUAGCAGCAUACUGAAUGCAGUGCUUGGAAGGUGUUGAUGACAAAGGCUCGUGUAACAAAAUGAGUACUGGCAUCCAUUAUAACUUUCUCAGAACAAACCCUAGAUAUUUUAUUUUCAUUCUUUGAAGAAUUUGUGAUGUCGAGUAUAUAAAUUACAAGGACAUAUUUCUUUAUUCACAAUAACAAGUUCACUCUCAAAGACCCUCCCGUUCUUUCCCUUUAAAAGAAGGAAAAAUGAAAAGAGAAAAAAAGGAACGGACCAAAAAAAAAAAAAGAAGAGCUUCUGU